AUGCUCUCCGCAGCACUCGUCGCCGCCGUCCUCUCUCUCGGCGUGCUACCAGCCCGUUCCUCCCCAAUUGUCGAAGUCCACACCGAAGUCGUCCUCUCGGACUCCAAUCCCGCUCUCGCAGGCAACAAAAUCCACUGCAACCUCUCUCCCAGCAUCGACAUCAAUGCCAUCUUGGCGGACUUCGACACUAUGGCGCAGCACAGCUCAGGAGGGCUUUGUGGUGGCGUUGUGGCGCCUCAGCUGACCAUCGGCGGUCGGAAGAGCGCCCAGGCCAGCGCCGACGGUGUGACCAAGUUCUAUGUUUGUAAUAACGCAAAGGAGGCCAGGUGCAUUUCGCUCGGCGCGGAUAAGCGUAAGCUACUUGAGAAUGUGUGGAGAACGCAGUGUAACGGUAAGGCGUUUUGGAUUCAGGAGGAUGAUGAGUGGAGUUAUGGGGUUGAUGAUAUUGGGACGAAGGAGUUGUGCGGUGACGGCCGAAAUUUUGACGGGGUAGUGAGGAGAAAUCGGAGCUUUGGAACAGCCUCUUGUAAUGACAAACCCGUUCCGACUGGCCUGAGAUGGCCCUUCCACAUACUCCGCAAUUACAACUUCGCCUUAUCCGUAACCCCAUCCGUAACAACGAACGCCCUCUCAGCAUGCAUAAUAGACCCGCGUCGCAGCUAUCUGCUUAACGAGGCGGACGAACGGUAA